CUGGCGGGCUGUGUGGGCCAAGGGAUCGGGUCCCGGACGCGCACCCUGCCGCCACAGCGCGGCCGCCACAGCCGCACGUGCAACCGCUUUGGGCCCUGCUGGCCCUUAUUCCCCUGAACCUGCGCCUGGGCGCCGGCUAUGGCGGCCGCUGCGGCGGGGACGCGCGUGUUCCUGGAGGUGCGGAGACGGCUGCAGAGCGCGCUGCUGAUCCUGGGGGAGCCUAAAGAAGGGGGUAUGCCCAUGGAUAUUUCUGUAGUGCCGUGCUCACUCCAGGUGAAGACCCCGGAAGGCUGCACAGAGCUCCAGCUUCCAGCAGAGGUCAGGCUCGUGCCUUCCUCCUGCCGAGGACUGCAGUAUGUCCCGGGAGAGGGACUGCACCUGCGACUGCAGGUGCGGGCAGAAUCUGAUGCCAAACUGAUUUCAAUGUUUAAUCAAACCUUGCAAGCCCAAGGAUGUUGCACAUUUUAUUGCCAGUCCUGCGGUGAAGUCAUAAUAAAGGACAGGAAGCUCCUCAGGGUGCUCCCAUUGCCGAGUGAGAACUGGGGAGCGCUAGUUGAAGAAUGGUGUUGUCAUCCUGACCCCUUUGCUAAUAAGCCUCUUCAUCCACAAGAGAAUGACUGUUUUAUUGGAGACUCUUUCUUCUUGGUGAAUUUAAGAAGUGAUUUAUGGCAGCCAAGACCUGAACUAGCCCCAGUGGAGACACAGUGUCCUUCUGAGAACCAUUUUAAAUUGAAACCAAAGGCAAAUACCAAAGUAAUUUGUAAGCGUUGCAAGGUAAUGUUGGGAGAGACCAUGUCAUCAGAAACCACCAAGUUUUAUAUGACGGAGAUAGUUAUUCAGCCAUCUGAAAGAAAAUUUUCUAUCAUACCAAGGUCUCAGUUUGUACAGAGUGUUAUUGCCCAGUGUCUAGUGGAACUCUCCGCUGCUAGAAGCACUUUCAGAUUCACUAUUCAAGGUCAUGAUGGCAAAGCGUACAUCCUGCUAUGGCUUUUAAACUCAGAUAGUCUGGUGAUUGACUCUUUGGGAAGUUCCAAAAGUAUCAAAAAGUUCCCCCUGUUGGAAGAUAACUUGAAGGCAGAUUCCUGUUCUGCCUGGAAUGCCAUCAAGGUCCUCUACCAGCCAUGCAUCAAAAACAGGAAUGCAAAGCUUUGCAGUGCUUGGGAAAGUGACAUCAGCAUCCACUCUCUAACCCUGCCCUCUGCAACCUGCUUGGAGCUGCUGCUGAUAUUAUCAAGGAAUAACGCCACACUGCCUCCAUCCCUUCGUUCUAUGAAUUCCUUUCAGGUGGCCUUUUUGAAGAUGUAACUGUUGGAGCUGAGGCCUCCUUUCCCCACAGACAGCUCUCCGGCCAGAGCAUGCGGGAGGUCCGUGUUCUGCACAGUGGGCCGUGGUCACAGACAAAGGUACCAGAGCUCUAGAGUCAGUGUGUGGCAUUGAAGUUGUGAGUUGGUCCUUUGCCAUAUAGUCUCUAAGAGAAGAGUUCACUUCAAAUGUAACGAGAAGUAAGGUGGCAAAGAAUGUUCCAGUAGCAGAGAAGUUAUGACUCUGUUUCCCACAGAGAGAAUAUUCAGGUAUGUGCUAUGUCAGCAGUACCUGGAAGGAUGUUCGCUCGUGGAUUACAAACUGCCCAUUCAGUUUGUGGAAAACAAAUUUUUAGAAAGAAAAAUACAGAAUUUUGUAUACCUGAUUCAGAAGGGAUGCUCUGUGAAUAAAUGUGUGUUGAAUGAAUGAUUAUCAAAUUAAAGGUUUUCCUGUGUGUGCAAA